AUGCCUUCUCCGUUCCACCAGAAGUACUCGAGCCAGACACACAAGGUCUUCGGAGAUAACACAACGCCCGUCAUGCCCACUGGACCAAAGCAGGAUGCCGACCGCAGGUCGUCGGAUUCCUCCAUGAACUCGAACUCGGGCUCUCCAACAUCCGACCGCAGAAGGUCAUCCGCUAGCAGAUUCGCGAAUCUCGAGGCAUUGAAGAGGCCCCAGGAUGAGUCGAGUGUAAACAGGAGAGCCAGUCUGCAAGACUCAUAUGGCAAGGUCGGCAUGUUUGGCAACCUGUGGAACAAGCAAGUUCUACAACAUAACAUUAUAAUGGUGGAAAGCAGACUGACUCAUGCCAGCUUCACUCGCGGACCAUCCGGCCCCAAAUCACCCCCGCAACAGCUAAAGGAGCCGCGCGACAUCUCUACACUUCGGUCGGAGUAA